AUGGCUAGGCAUUUGUUCCAGGGGCUUGUCUGGUCCCUUGCCCUCGCUCUAUGUGCAGCAGCACCAACCCAAGAUGAACUCGAACCUCGCCGUAACUACAUCGCUGAGGCCGGUCUUUCCGUCACUGAGAAUUACCAUCCCCUGAUCAGGGUCCCGUUGGAUCGGGAGUCCUUGAAAACUUCGCGCUUCCCGGAGGUUCAGGAUGGUCUUGACGCACGGCAACUUGGGCCCGGGACUGACCACAUCAAGGCCAUCCCGCUGCAAACCCAGUAUCUAAUGCAGGUCGGCAUAGGAGGCAGCAAUUGGUCCAUGAUACCCGAUACUGGAAGCUCCGACACGUGGCUCAUGUCUUCAACGUUCCAAUGCCUGGAUCGAUCGCACCAGCUACAAGCGCAGGGCUACUGCAAUUUCGGGCCCUCGUAUAAAGGAGGUUACUCCGGAGGCAAGAUUACUGGCCAGCAUAUGAACAUCUCAUACGGCGGCGGUGAUUCUUUGAAUGGUGAUUUUGGCUAUGCAGAUGUCACUGUAGCGGGCAUCAAAGUUCCCAAACAGCAGAUGUCUCUUGUGACAUCAGCCAGCAUCCGAGGAAAUGGUCUUUUCUCCGGCAUCCUCGGCCUGGGGAUGCGCGGACUGACGACAGCAUAUCUGGGGACCGAUCCGACGAAGGACAGCGACGCGAAUGCUGCACGAUAUGCCCCUUUGGUCGAGACCUUGGGUCUAAACACAACCGUAAAGCCUAUCUUCAGCGUUGCUAUGUCGAGGAACGAUAACCGCUCCUUCAUAUCUUUUGGGGGUGUCCCCCCUGAUGUGAAGACUGGGGAGUUCGCUACCAUCCCUAUCGCGCAGAUUAGCCUCAACGGUAAGCCGAGGGAGUACCUGUACUACGGUCUCCGACCGGAGAGCGUCACCUUCAACAACACGCAGACGCACUCGAACUGGACUAAGCCCGGGCUGAUGAUCGUCGACACGGGUACGACGCUCAACUACUUCCCCCGGGACGUCGCGGACAACAUCAACAGCCUGUUCUCGCCGCCGGCCGAGUACUACGGCAGCGGCACGUACGUGGUGCAGUGCGACGCCGCGCCGCCGACGGUCGAGGUCGGCAUCGGCGGCAAGCAGUUCCGCAUCGACCCCAGCAGCCUCAUCCUGCCCGAGACCCGCCAGGCCGAGUUCGACGCCGACUACUGCACCACCGGCAUCGCCCGCGGCUCCGGCACCUACAUCCUCGGCGACGUCUUCCUGCAGGAGCUGCUGGUCGUCUUCGACGUCUCGGACAAGAAGGAGAUGAAGUUUGCCCAGCGCGUUGACAAGGUGUAA